AAAGAAUAAAAAAGAAAGUUAUUGCCAAGUAUCGUCAUCAUUAAAUCAAUACCGCAAAACUAGAGAAUUACGUCGAUUUUUUUAAAGAAGGAAAGGAAACCAGCACAUCCCAGAAAUCGGCUUUCCUUGCUCAGGGCUGGGCUUAAAUGCAGUAGCAAAGAGGCAAGAUUGUUAGUAUCUUCAUUAAGAGGAAGUGGCGUCGUCGCUUUGUUCCGUUCUUGAGAAGCGAAAUCGGACCGUCGCUUUUCCGUCCUUUCAAUGUAGAACCCCUCGCGGGCGACGAUCAUCCUUUUUCGCAUCUUCUUCUACUGGCUUUUCUUCUCAGUUUAAAGUUUCCAGUGGAAUUUCUUCUUGUAUAUGAUGCUUUGUUCUGCAUUUAGGACUCAGAUACAAACGUGGCUACGUGAUUAUGACAGGAUUCAAUCCUUUGCAGUUAUUCUCAUCUAUGUUCAGAUUGGUUGUGCACUGAUUGGAUCUCUUGGGGCAUUAUACAACGGUGUUUCGCUAAUCAAUUUGGGUAUUGGGUUAUUUGCAUUGGUGGCUAUUGAGAGUAGCAGUCAGAGUCUUGGUAGAACAUACGCUGUACUUCUCUUCUGUGCAAUCUUAGUGGACAUUUCUUGGUUCAUUCUUUUCGCAUCCGAAAUCUGGAAUAUUUCUUCUGGGAUUUAUGGAACCUUUGUUAUCUUCUCGGUGAAACUCACUCUCUCCAUGCAAAUUAUUGGAUUUUGUGUGAGAUUAUCAUCUUCACUAUUGUGGAUUCAAAUGUAUAAGCUGGGUGUUUCUUAUAUAGACUGUUCAGUUCCCAGAGAGGCAGAUAGUGAUAUGAGAAACAGUUUUCUCAAUCCUGCAACUCCUAUAACUAGACAGCCAUCCAAUUCUGAUGAUGCUUUAGGUGGUUCUGUAUACGAUCCUGCAUAUUAUUCCUCCUUGUUCGAAGAUGGUAAAGACGAAAUGUAUUUUUGCAGGGGUAGUCAAAAUAAUGGCUUUGUGAUUGGAUCACCUUCUACGGCGAAAACAACUCAAUUUAAGCCAUCAAUGAGCAGAUCUAUCCGCAUCACUGACAUCAACUUAUCCACUAUUAUUUAAGGUCUCAAAUGACAGAAGAUUGGAAUAUAUAUUCCAAACACCUUCUUGGUCGAGAUUUUACAAGUCAGCCAAAUUUCUACUAUUUUAAUAUCACCAAUUUUACAGCUGAAAAGGCUUUGGACUUAUUUCCAUUUAUACCUCAUUGACCAUGGUAGUCUCUAUUGUCAUUAGUCUACAGCAUAUCUGCAAAACAUUAGAGUCUGAGAGAAGUUCAAGUCUUUUCUGCUGCAUUUUAACUGCUUUGAGCUUUCAAUAGGAAGAAACUAUGUAUUUGUAAUUGGAAGAAAACUAUGUUUAUUUAUACAAGUUUACAUUUUGCGGUUUCUUUUAAUGUAAGUACUUACAUCGAUCUGGGGAACAGGGCUAAAAUGAAUCUUGUACUAUCAUCUUAGUUGCUAGCUAGUUUCUCACCUUUUGUCUUAGUUUCAUCAGAUAACAUCUUUGCAGCACCUAAACUAGAAAGGUGCCUAGGUCCACUAUUAAUGCCCCCAUCUUGUUAUUUCCCCA